CUAAAAAGCGAAUAGUAUAAUGUGCGUGUGGGAGGGCGUGUGUUUGUGUGUGUCUUCGUCAUUGACUGCAAUAUAUCCCAUUUUAAAGGCUUAAAAAGUAGUAGAUUUGGGCUAAGAAAUUUUUUCCUUUUUUUUUCUAAUAGAAGGAGAAAAAAGGGGGGAGCUGUGGAGGUGUGUGUGUGCGUGCCUGUUUUAUUCCAGCUGGUGCCCAUUUCCCCGUCAGGAAAGCCAGCCGGUGGUUUGCUGGUGUUUCCCGGCACUGUGCAGGGGAAAGUAAUGCGAAACUGAUCUGGGUUUCCUCUGCCAACAACCUGCCGGGAAAGGGGAUGGACCGCAUUUUCUCUUCUUGUUCGAUCUAAUCCAUUUCAUCCCCGAUCUCUACAGAUUCGAGCUUGUUGGCACCAUCCAUCCACCACACAUUUUUUUUCUCCGGUGGGUUCUCCUUAGUUUCCCUUUUUUGCUGUUGGGCUCUGUCGAUUUCCAUUUUUAAUCUUCUCGCGGGCUUUCUUUUUCCUUUCUAUGUCGUUGCUUCUUAUUUGAAUGGUGGAUCUUUCUUUAUUUUGUUUAAGGCAUUGGUAUUUGAUUUCCCACAUAGAGGAUCAUGAAUUUAUCCAGUUUUCAUUUUUGCUCCUUUUUUAGAUUGGGUGUUUUAGACUUUUUGACAACGGCCUUCAUUUGUAUGCAUUUACAUCCGAUUCUUUCAUGUAUUAACAGCUCAGUCUGCCUAUUUAUGUCAUAUAUUAAAUUUCAAAAUGAUUGAAUGUUAAGAAUGGCUGCUGUAUUGAAUGUUAAGCUAAAUCUUAGAACCCCUUUUGUUCUCAGAUCUACCGUGUAAAGAUAGUGUUAAACGUGUGGGCUGAGGGGCUUAAUAGAAUUCAGUAGCUCGUUGACAAGUCACUUUUUUUGACUGGGUCAUUUUGUCAAUCUCUUUGUAGGUUUUUUUUUAAUGAUCCUUUAAAAUGUCGUUCAAGAGCAUCAUUCGAGAAUUGAAGGAGAUGAAAGAGGGGAUUGGGAAUAUAUCUAGAAGAAGAAUUGAAGGGAAGCACUGGCGGAAAAGAACCAGGUCUCACAUAGCCCCCGAUGUGGUUGUGCCUGAAGAGAUCCAGCAAGGUCAGUGGGCAAACUUGCCCCCUGAGCUUCUUCUGGACAUAAUACGAAGGGUCGAAGAGAGUGAGACUUCAUGGCCUGCUAGGGCAGUCGUCGUCUUUUGCGCAGCUGUCUGCAAAUCGUGGAGAGAUAUCACUAAGGAGACUGUGAAGACCCUAGAGGAAUGUGGCAGGCUCACCUUUCCUAUAUCAUUAAAACAGCCCGGUCCUCGCGAAUCCCCAAUUCAGUGCUAUAUUAAAAGGGAGCGAACAACAUCAGUUUACCGAUUGUAUUUUGGUCUCACCCCAUCUGAGGAUGAGAACGACAAGCUUUUGUUGGCAGCAAAGAAGUUCAGAAGGGCAACGAGCACAGAAUUUGUGAUAUCCUUGGUUGCUGAUGACUUUUCCCGAGCCAGUAGUACCUAUGUAGGAAAGUUGAGGUCUAACUUUCUGGGCACCAAGUUUACCAUUUAUGAUAGCCAACCUCCUUCUGACGCUCCAGCCCCACAAACCACUAAUUUGAGUAGGAGAUUCCAUGCAAAGCGUGUAUCUCCAAGACUACCUGCGUGUAACUACAGCGUUGCCACUAUUUCCUAUGAAUUGAAUGUUCUUCGUACGAGAGGGCCCAGGCGCAUGCAUUGUGUCAUGAACUCGAUUCCCAUCUCUUCAGUUCAAGAAGGUGGCACUGCCCCCACACCAAUUUCAUUUCCACAGUCUUUUGAUGAUAAGUCUUGCCUACUAACAGUCUUCAGAGGAAAAGAUCCUGUGAAAGACUUAAGUGACCUGAGUCUUCCAAGAUCGGCUCCUUUGGCAACACCGCAGUCUAAGGAGCCACUUAUGCUAAAAAAUAAGGCCCCUCGAUGGCAUGAGCAAUUGCAGUGUUGGUGCUUAAACUUUAAAGGGCGUGUUACAGUUGCCUCGGUGAAAAAUUUCCAGCUCGUGGCGGCUGUUGACUCAUCGCACAAUGUACCACCUGCAGAACAAGACAAAGUGAUUUUGCAGUUCGGAAAAAUUGGGAAGGACAUCUUCACCAUGGAUUACCGAUACCCCCUCUCUGCCUUCCAAGCCUUUGCAAUCUGCUUGAGCAGCUUUGAUACCAAGCCGGCCUGUGAAUGAUUGUUGAUGUGGUUGUAGAUAUGAUCACUUUCCGUUAGUUGCUCGCCUACCUGCGUAAUUUGUUUAUCUGUACGAAAUGUCUAUCUGGCCCUAAGUUAUGAUUCAUAAUCUCACUUUGCAAAUGGGUACACUGGCGGGAUGCUCAGAAUGGAAUGUGUUUUUUCUUGUGCCAUGUACGUGCUUAGAAGUUAUUCUUUUGUGUUCAGAUCAUAGUACUCAUAAUUCUGAUAAUUAGCAAAACUAAAUCAAGCGCAUGGAUGAUGAGAAUGACAAUAAUCAUGCAGAGUCCUGUAUUUGACCAUGCAGCCUGAGCACAUUCUCGGAAUAAGUAAUCUCUUUGUUCAUACAUAUGAUUUUCAAUUCCUUCAAUCUAAUACCAAUGGCUUCUAAAUUGCUCGUGCAAAAUUACUUUUCAAAGCUUGCGCAGUUAUGGUGGAAAGCUAAAUGUUGCGUAGGCAAAUUUCAAUUUUUUUUUUUCCUGCACAAACAGGCAAGAAAGAAAGGCACAGAAAGGUUAUGUGUAAGUGGUACAACGAGAUGCGUCACAUUCCUCCAAGCAAACUAACAAGAGUCAAACUGAACCUUAAUCAAAUCUAUUCAUUCCACUAAAGGUCAUCAUCUUCAGCAUUAGUGGGUACGGGAAGAGCAAUAAUUUUUUGUGGGUUUCGAGCAAAUUAAGCAUAAUCUACAUACCGAAAAUAUUUAACCUUGCAAUGUUCUCUUUUAGUAGCUACAAAAGUGAAAAAGGUUACAAUUCUUUGCGUCCAUUCACAAGCUUUACUUUUCCAACUUCAGUGGACGGGAGAGCUUCAUCUCACAGUAGAAUAAGUGAUAAAUUCUCUAGAAGUGAAUUGAAAUGGCUGAUGAGGAAUAGGAUUC